CGGUGGCAUCCUCCAAGUGAUGAGGUCUCCAGCGCGCUCCGGUGCUACUCCACGGCACAGCCGCUCGCCGGCGCCAUCAGCCUCGACGCCACACAGUGCGACACCCAAGGCGAUAGGACACCGUGGAGCGAGCUUCCGUGUGCCUUCCAUCGCUCUGGCGGACGACUUUUCGGACAAGUCAAGCAUGCUUGGUGGCCCGCCGGCAUCGUCCUCCGCCGACGCCGCGUCGGCUGCCGCCCGGUUGACGCGCAACACCAUUUACGGCGUGAUCAAUGCAAUUCUGGCCAUUCCGACCAUGUACGGAUAUGCCGCGAUCAUCUUUAGCCACCCGGACUUUGCCACGUUCAUGCCCAUCUUGACCAAACUGGUCAUGCUGUCGAGCGUGGUGCACCAAAUCAUGUUUUGCCUGCUGAGCACACUUCCGUUUGCCAUUGGUCAAGUGCAAGACGCUGGGCUUAUCUUCCUCAGUGCCAUCGCCACCUCAAUCUGCGUCAAACUCGGACCCGAAGCAACCCUCGAAGCCAAGGUGUCCACCACCGUCGUGACCAUUGGGCUCGCCACCGCCUUGCUUGGAAUAACUCUAGUUGCUCUGGGCAAGUUCAAACUCGCGGGGCUCGUGUCCUACCUACCGAUGCCAGUCGUCGGCGGGUACCUAGCCUACAUUGGGCUCUUCUGCCUCUUCGCCGGACUGUCGCUGUGCACGGGGCUGGUUAUCAACGAUUUCACGUCCACAUUGCAGCUCUUGACAUGGAACAACAUCGUGCUGUGCCUCCCCGGCGUCGUCGGCGGCUACGUGUUUCUGUUCGUGUCUCAGAAGUGCGACGACGCGUUUUCCCUCCCCGGAGUGAUCGUCGGUGUCCUCUUUGCCUUUUACGUGCUUUUGUUUGGGUUUGGCUACUCGAUGGCGGACGCGCGCGACGCCGGGUGGGUCGGUCAGCUCACUCCGGACGCCAACUUCUCCGACAUGUUGUCGCUGUUCUCGCUCAAGGACGUGCAAUGGCAUGUGAUGCCAUCUCAAAUCACCACGUGGCUCGGCAUGACGUUUGUGGUGGCAUUUGGGUCGUGCUUGGAUGUGGCUGCGAUUGAGAUGGACAUGGGCCAGAAGCUCGACUUGAACCACGAGCUGGCGUCCGUGGGCUGGUCCAACGUCGUGUCGGGGCUCCUCGGCGGGUACACUGGGUCGUACAUUUUUUCGCAGACGAUCUUCACGUACCGGUCCAAAACCAACUCGCGCGUCGUGGGGCUCGUGGUCAUUCUGAGCGAGUUUGCUCUGGUUGUCAUGCCCAUGGGCUUGUUGAGCUACGUCCCGCGCUUCUUCUUUGCUGCCACCCUCAUCUUUAUUGCCAUCGAUCUGAUGGUUGAAUGGCUGGUACUGGUGUACCACAAGGUGCUCCUCCGCGAAUACUUGGUGUUGUGGCUGUCGUUCAUUGCGAUCAAUGUGGUGGAUUUGGAAGGGGGCAUGGUGAUUGGCAUUGGGUUUGCUAUCAUGAACUUCUUCGUCGGGUACUCGCAGGUGCGCCAAGUCCAGCGGGUGCACAAGCGCAGUGCCGCCGUGCGCAACUUUGUGUCGCGGACGAUCAUUGCCGAAGAGCGCGACUCGAUUGUGUUUCUCGAACUUCACGGAUACCUCUUCUUUGGCACGGCCGUGCACAUUAUGAACGACGUGAAGAAGGAGCUGCGGGUUCUCGUGCAUCCUUCUCACGCCGCCGCCCUUCAACCGUACGGCGCGCUCGAACAAGGCGGCGCCGUCACCCUCGAGCAUCUAGACGGCACGCCCCUCGCCCCUUCAGAAUCCACCAACCGCUUGCCCACGCGGUACUUGGUGCUCGACUUUAAGCGUGUGACGGGUAUGGACGCGACCGCCGCGCGCAGUUGCUUUUUGAUCCUCCGCGAACUGUGCGCGAGCCACCGCAUUGAGAUUCUGUACGCGAAUGUCCUCCCAGAGAUCCAGACGCUGUUGCUCAACAACGAAAUCGCUGACGAGAGCAACUUUCACCGCAACGGAGACGCCGCCGUCGAGCGCUGCGAAACGGACAUCGUGCUCAAUUCACGCAACAAUUCCUUCUUUCGGCCGAACGAGACGUUGCCGCUACUGUUGAAUCGAUUUGUGGGACGACCAGACGACAGCGAGUUCUUCAACCCGUUGGCCGAAUAUUUCACCAAAGUCGUCGUCAGCCACGACCACUCGUUUUACAAGAUUUCGGAUGCUUCGGGGGCGUUCUACAUCUUGGCCGGGGGCGGCGUGGACUUGUACAUGAACAAAGAUGGCAGCGUCGAUCACGGCGAGAGCUCGUCGAUUACGAUGCUGGAAAAGGUUUGUGUGGGGGGAAUGUUUGGCGAAGUGGACUUCUUCCUCGACCAGCCGCGCCACAUGACGGCACGGUCCAACGUCGACUCGACCGUGUACUGCUUGACCCGGGACGAGUACAUGCGCAUGAAGGCGCAGCAGCCGAUGCUCUGGAACGAACUCCGCGACUUGAUCAUGCGAUCCAUGGCGCUUACAAUCGGCAACAACAACUGGCUGGCCAUGUAAAACGAACGGGUUAAAUAAACGGUCUACUAGUACCUAGUUGCCAGUACUUGAGUCCAAAUAAGUACUAGUGCAGUUGGGACUCGAGUUCAAGCUCAAACACAUGCGCUUUCAGCGCCGCGAUUUCCUGGGCGGCGGACGUCGUGUUGAGGCGCAACUGGUCCUCCAACACGCGAAUCUUGACCCGCAGGACGUCCUCGGUCUUGUCGUUGUCGUCGUGGUCGGUGGAUGGAACUGACAUGCGGGCCGCGGCAACGGGAGAGGAUGGCUCCGUAUUGGUGCUAGCGUCUGUCGUUUCUGGCUGUGGGGGGGCAACGCUGGUCAGUGUAUCGCAUUGAUUGGGCUGUGGGCGUAGUCGCCGAGUCGACGGGGGAGUCGUGAUGACAUUGGGGGAUUUGAGACGGCGA